UUGAACGAAAGUUUGAGCGAGUUUAAUUUUUAUUGCACCAUAUUUUUCCUUUGCAUCGUAUAGGGUCAAUAUUGCGCAAUAUUUUUUAGUCUGUGUUUCGUCGGGGCAAGGAGAAGAGAACACGCACACGCUCGCAUCCCAAAGAUGGCCGAACAAGACAAUACGAAAGUGAAGGAAAGGGAGUUUAUCGUGGAAUGCAUACAAUUGUAUAGAGAAUUGCCGUCUUUGUGGAAUGUCAAGAGCAAAGAAUAUCAUAACCGUGAUAAAAAAAAAGUUGAUUACGAAACAUUGUUGUCUAAAUAUAAAGAGAUGUUUCCAAAGGCAAGCAAAGAUGACGUGAAGAAGAAAUUCAACUCUUUGAGAACAAAUUACCGAAAGGAACUCAAGAAACACCUUCAGUCGAUGAAAUCUGGAUCUAGCGCAGACGACAUAUACCAACCUACUUUAUGGUAUUAUAAUGAAAUGGUUUUUUUACAAGAUCAGGAAACCGCAUCGGAUUCACAGUCUAGUAUGGAUGCUGAGUCUACUGUACGUAGUCCGGGAGGACACACUGUACAUUCUAGUUUAGAUAACAAUGAUACACAAGAAAAUAGUUCAACCAUUGAUGCUGAUGAAGUGGCAUCUACAUCCUAUGCAGUUCCGAUGAGAAAAGAUAAAAAAUUAAAGAGAAAACCUGAAGAUGACCUUAUGCAGUUGGCAGCUGAGCGUCUAAGACAGAAACCGGAUGAAUAUGAAAACUGGGCUUUGUCUUGUGCUGCAGAUUUAAAGAAAAUGGAACCAACACAACAAAUCUUUGCUAAGAGUGCUAUUGCUGCCAUUCUCAUGGAAGGACAGUUAGGUCUUUUACAUCGCAAUUCGGUUAAAAUAAAUACUCCAACAUUAACAAUAACUCAAUCUCUGUCAUAUACCAGAUCCACGCCAACUCCAACAAAUUACAGCAGCACGCCAUCGCCUCGCUAUUUUAUAAAUCAACAGCUAAAUUCUGCACCUUCACCUAAGGAGCUGCCACAUUACCAGCAGAUAAAUACUCCAACAAUAACUCCAUCUCCGACAUACAUCAUAUCCACGCCAACUCCACCAAAUUACAAUAACUAUUCUCCACAGCAAAAUUCUGAACUUCCAUCUGAGGAAUUGCCACAUUACCAACAGAACGUGUACUACUCCCAACAAGAUAAUCGGCAGAACAUGGACAAUUCUCAACAAGAAAAUGAUGAUAAAGACAUGUCUCAAUAUAUAAAGUUUAAUUAAUAAAUAAAAAGAUGAUCUUUACUUACCUUGAUUAAUUUAUUCAAAACCUUUAUUAUGGCAUCGCAGGU